UACCAUCACCAUCCAUGCAAUUCCCGUCUUUAUUACAUUAGAGAAUCCCACUAUGCCUUCUUUAAUCCAAAAAGAAACAGCAUCUGCCAAUACUAAUCUCAGAAUUCUUCACCACCUUUCUUCAACUUUAUUAUCUUCCCAUAUUGACAUCUCUCAAUCUUUUUAAGUGGGGUAGCUAGUUUGUAUGUGGUUGAGCAAUGCUGACAAUCCAAAUGCUGUGAUGCACUAAGCCUUAUAAGGGUCUGUUACUGACAUCCAAGCUUCACCAGCAUAAGAAGUGCUUAUUCCAGAAGUUGGGCUGUGCUUCAUUUUUCAUAGAGAAAGCAGGAUGAGGUUUCUGCACAACUUGGGUUUCUUCUGUAUUCUUUUUCUUGUUUCACCACUUUUCACUUCAUCCCAUGAACAUGUGAAAGGUGUAAGCAAUCACAAAGAACACAUUCAUAAGCACAUGAGUCGCAAACUAUCAUUCGAAAUUACGCUUCAUGGGUUUCUGCUUUGGGCUUCAAUGGGGUUCUUGAUGCCGGUAGGAGUACUGGCCAUUAGAAUGUCACACAGAGUGCAAUGUAGAAGAAGACUCAGAAUUCUGUUCUACGUUCAUGCUUUAUCUGAGAUACUCUCUCUACUUCUUUCAACAGCAGGAGCUGUAAUGUCCUUCAGAAACUUCAACAACUCCUUCAACAAUAGGCACCAAAGGAUUGGGGUUGGCCUCUAUGGUCUGAUAUGGCUGCAAGCUCUAAUCGGCAUUGUAAGGCCACAAAGGGGGUCCAAAGGAAGAAGCAUGUGGUUUUUGGUGCAUUGGAUGCUUGGAACUGCAAUAUCUCUGCUUGGGGUACUCAACAUAUACACAGGUUUAGUAGCCUACCAUGAGAAGACAUCAAAAGGCAUAAAGUUUUGGACCAUAGUUUUCACAGCUGAAGUAUGUUUCAUUACCUUCUUCUACCUGUUCCAAGACAAAUGGGUUUAUAUACAAAAGCAAGGAGUGAGUUUGGGUAAUGAAUCAAAAGGGGCCACCACAGAUCAAGUGCUUUUGCCAAGAGACAAGCAAAAGGAAGUUGCCCUGGCAGAGUCUUGUUAAGAAAGCAAGUACCAAAUGACUUGUUUUAAGUAACAUGGAAUUUCUCCUUUUUCCUUUUUCAUUAUUUUUCUUAUAUACAGAAUAUAUAUCUUUAGGUCCUUUUUUUUUUUUUUUUUCAAUAGGAACUUGGUGAUGGUGUUCAUAGCAGGUGAAAAUUGGGUGUUGGGAUGAGGAUCUCUUGAAUAAUAAGAUGAAUCGUUUAUGUUUUCUAGCUUGCUGAAAACACACCAGUA